CAUUCCGGUCCAGUAGGUGGCGGUAAGGCGCCUCACAGUUGGUUUGUUAUCCGCCAUGAAACGUCAACAAGAGGAGGAAAAGGAAAAAAAUAGGAUGAGCUGAGCUGGUCGAAGAGGAAAUAUUUAUAUUUAGAUAGAUAUAUUUAGAGGUUUUUUUUUUUUGUUUUUUUUUUUUGAAGAAGGAUAUUUUCAGUGAUUUUACAGGAAGAAUGUCUUCAGUUCAGCCUCAGCGAGAGUUAAUCAAUGAGCGGCAAGUAGCUCCAGCUGAAGAAACAUUCACAGAGUUCAAAGAAAUCAUCGUCAAGGCCGAGGAAGAGAGCGAUGAUGAGCGCAAUCUGCUUGAUUUCACCCGGACACCUAAAAUAAUCUUACACCGAAUAGAUGUCCUACAGCCUUAUGUUGUGAAGGAGGAGGUUCUUGCUGACAAGUUUCUCUUUAACCAAGACAACACUUCUAGUUUGAACCAUGAGGAACCAGAACCGCUGAGGAUAAAAGAAGAGCAGGAGGAGCUGGAACAUCAGCAGAUAAAAGAAGAGCAGGAUGAGCUAGCACAUCAGCAGAUAAAAGAGGAGGAGGAGGAACCAUCAUGUCAGCAGAUGAAAGGACAGGAGGAGCUGGCACAUCAACAAAUUAAAGAAGAGCAGCAAGAGCUGGAACAUCAGCAGAUAAAAGAAGAGAUGGACAGUCAGGAUGAGGAGCAAGUUGUAGAGAAGUGGGAGACUGAUAUCUUCAUGGUGGCUAAUACAAGUGGUAAAAGAUACCACACAGAAUUAAAUAGAAAGCUAGUUCUUUCUCAGGACACUGUUAAGGCUGAGAACUUGGAUCACCAAGGAAACAAUCAUAAAGAUUCAAGAUCGAAGAGAAAUAAUGCGCGGAAGCAAAAUAAGAGCUUUUGGAAAUCUAGACCGCAUGAUGACAACGCUGAUAGUACAAUACAAAGUGGGCUAAAAAAAACUACAAAUUUGUAUUCUUGUAGAAUUUGUGAUAAAACUUUUACAAAAAAUUUCCUAUUGACUAAACAUUUCAAAAUUCACACAGAUGAGAGGCCUUUUUCAUGUAAGAUUUGUGGAAAAAGUUCCAGUCGAAAAUGCCAUUUAGCUGUUCACAUGAGAACUCACACAGGUGAGAAACCUUUCUUGUGCAAGAUUUGUGGAAAAGGUUUCAAUCAAAAAGGUCAUCUAAAUAUUCACACAAGAACUCACACAGGUGAGAGGCCUUUCUCGUGCAGGAUUUGUGGAAAAAGUUUCAUUCAGAAAGGUUUAUUAACUGACCACAUGAGCAUUCACACAGGUGUGAGGCCUUUUUUGUGCAAGGUUUGUGGAAAAACCUUCCGUCUGAAAGCUGAUUUACGUCGUCACAUGAUAACCCACUCGGGUGAGAAGCCUUUCAGUUGUAAGAUUUGUCUAAAAACUUUUAGUCGAAAAGGUCGUUUAACUCUUCACAUGAGAAGUCACACGGGUGAAAAGCCUUUCUCGUGCAGGAUUUGUGGAAAACGUUUCUGUGAAAAAGAUAUUUUAAUUGAUCACAUGAAGAGUCACACUGGCGAGAGGCCUUUCACUUGUAAGAUUUGUGGAAAAAGUAUGAGUCGGAAAGGUGGUUUAAAUGUUCACAUGAGAAUUCACACAGGUGAGAAGCCUUUCUCGUGCAAGAUUUGUGGAAAAAGUUUCUGUGAAAAAGGUUUUCUCAGUGUUCACAUGAGAAUUCACACAGGUGAGAGGCCUUUUUCAUGUAUGAUUUGUAGGAAAACAUACACUCAAAAAGGUCAUUUAACGGUUCACAUGAGAACUCACACAGGUGAGAAGCCUUUCUCAUGCACAUUGUGUGGAAAAAGUUUCCAUUACAAAGGUGGUUUAACUGAACACCUAAUUAUUCACACAGAUGAGAGGCCUUUCUCGUGCAAGAUCUGUGGGAAAUGUUUCCGUGAAAAAUGUCAUUUAACUGUUCACAUGAGAAUUCACACAGGUGAGAAGCCUUUUUCAUGCAAGAUUUGUGAAAAAUGUUUUCGUAAAAAAGGUCAUUUAACUGUUCACAUGAGAAUUCACACAGGCGAGAAGCUUUUCUCAUGCAAGAUUUGUGAAAAACGUUUCUGUAAAAAAUGUAAUUUAACCCUCCACAUGAGAAUUCACACAGGGGAGGAGCCUUUCUAAUGCUAGUUAUGUGGAGAAAGUUUUUGUGAUAAAGGAUUUUACUUUAACCAUUCACAUAGUGAGAGGCCGGUUUUGUGUAUGAUUUGUAAAAUGUUUAUCAGAAAGAUAAUUUGACUGAGUACAUUAGAAGGCACAUUGGUGAGGUAAAUAGGUUUAUUAACUGUACAUAUGAGUAUUUAAACAGUUUAGAAGUCUUAGCGAUGUAUGGAAAAGGUUUGUUCCAAUAAGUUAUUUGAAUAGUCAAGCAAGCUAAACGACUUUUCUGAGAACAAACCACAAAAAAGGCUUUAAUCAAAAGUCUUUCCCACAAAACACUUCUAUCAUAAACCCCUCUGAGAUUUUCCUCUCUGAGCUGCCUCUGGUAUGUCAGAAAUUACAAGUCAGUAUCCACCAUGCAUGACUUUUAUAAAACAUUUAAUAAUUGUCAGAAAACUCCCAAAAGACUAAACAAACUGAGAAAUUGCUUGAGAACUCAGUCAAGAAGCUGCGGCCUGUAUUUUAAAAUUUAUCAGAUUACAUUGUUGGUGUCAUUUUUCAAUGUGACAAUUUAUCAUCAAAGUUUUAUCACAUUAAGAAAAUGUAAAUGCUGUUUAAAUAAUAAAAAAAGAAACCAAAAUC